AUGAGAUCAACAUCCUUCUACACAGGCCUUGCUGCCAUCUCUCUUGGUUCUGGUCUCGCCUCUGCCCAAUGCCAAGUCUAUGGUAUUGACUUUCAGAGUGGCGGUUCCUACUUUCAAAACAGCGAAUUGACGGAUCCCUUCACACUGGUACAAGAGUUCUCGGGCUGUUCAAACGAUACCGCAAACAACAUCUUUGUCGACCCUAAUGGCGACCAAUAUCAAUGUUCAGACACUCCUCUGACGCCAGACUAUGAACCUGAGACUGUUACUUGUAGUGACUGGCCAAAGGAUAAACUCUACUCUGGAGACUGGUCUAUGAUUGUAAUCAGCAACAACGGCGAUGCUGAUCCUAUUGCCUUUCAAAGAGAUUUCAGCCUCUCAGUCGGCACACCAACGACCAUUACCUACACACCCACAGUUACA